AUUUCCUCAAGAUUUGUGAUGUACAAGACACAGCCUUGGCUUUAUCUCUCAGGAAACACGACUACCAAACAGCUCGGAGACCUUAACUGUCUGCAAAUCAAGGCUGCAGCUGUGGGAGCAGUGGUGGGAGUGACGGCUCUUUGAAGGGAAUCAGAUCUUAUGUCUACGUUUCUUUAUGAGAGCAGGACUUUGUUCACUUGUUUUCCCUUUCUAGCAAGAAUAAGAGCAGAUCAAUUAUAGGCCUAACACAGUCAUGAGGAUAACAUGUUUCAUGCAGCUCUAUCAUCACGGUUUCUUUUAAAGGAAUAAUUUGACAUUUUGGUGAAAAACCCACAUCUCUGUGCAGCAAACAACUAAAAAUAGUAUCCACAGUGGAAAUCAUCAAGGACACAUAUUUGGCAGCGUGUUCCCCGGUUAGUGAGAAGGGAAGGUGGGAGCAUAGAACUCCCUUCCUUAUGAGUUUGACCUAUUCAUACCAAGCGAUAGAGAAAGGUCUGACCACAGAAGCACACGUACAGACAGUGAAGUAUGUUUGUGGAUGUCUUCCACUGUGGAGCGUUGAUGCUCUGCUGCACGAGGCUCUGUGUGGCCCUGCACGUCUCACACGGACAGCAGCUGAUCUCGGCUCGCGGCCACACAGCGACAGAGCACACCUUCCCAUCAACAGCGUCCACCCUCCCUCACUAUGCACCUUGCUUUUUGGAUGACAUAAUUGCUGUUUUGCGAGAAGGUGUUGGGAACGACGGUGAACUCACAAACUCCACUUUGACUCAGUUUGGAAUCUGCAAAGUAUCUGAGAGCUCAUCAGGCUCAGUCUUAUUACAGCUUGCUAUGAAAACAAGGAGAAAUGGAUUGGAGCUUUUGCAUCCCACUGGAGUGCUCUGGGCAGAGGAAGAUGAGAGGGGAACGCUCAUGUUGACCUUUGACCUCCCACCGUCUCCUUUGCUCAACCUGAACCCUGUGCUGCUCUUGGCAUUUCAAAGCCCCCCAACGAAAGGAAACCUGGACGUCACUUUCACUAGUCAGUCGCUGCAUCCUCACACACAGUCUGUGUGCAUUUCAGGAAAAACGCAGUACAUAAUGCUGACAGGAAAAGCAUCAGAGGGCAACGUUCACCAGAAAUGGAAGAUUUCUGUUGAUACAAAAAAACCUGAUUUGAACCGAAGCCUACGAAACAUCCUUAUUGGUGGAAAAUCAGGAAUUAGCAUCAGUAUGACUCCACUUCUGCUUUUCUCUGGAGAAAGAGGAACUGAUUUAAGAUACACACACACGUCAGAGUUAUCCCGGGCCUCUUCACAGACCUCCUUCCUCUGUGAGCUGAAGCGUUUCCUGUGUGACGUCCAGCCUCAAGACCCCCCUGAGUCCCCUCCACUCCAGCUGGACUCCUUACAGUCCAUGCCCCCCCUGACACUGGGCUUAUCCUCCAGCGACACCCUGCUUGCAGGACUGAUCAACUCCUCUUCUCCUACCAUAUUCUCCUUCACUGGCCAGGGCUCAGUGCUUCAGGUGUAUCGUGGCGAGUUAGCCUUGUCUCCUGCACUGCUGGAGGAGAUGAAGCAGAGGUUGGAGCAGACUGGGAUUCAGGUAAUGGAGGUACUGCGAGAUGAGGAAGAGGAGGUGGGUCACAGAGCCACGCAGAGGCUGGGAAGGCUCAAAGAACUCUGCGUUUCCAAAGAAGGAACCGGCAGCAGAACAGGAGAGAUCCAGUACCGUGCCUUUCUUCUGUUGCGGGCCCUUCAGACGAUGGCCCGUGCAUAUGAGCUGCAGAGAGGAUUGCGGUCUACCAGAGAUGGCACCCACAACCCAGUGGGGGGCAACAUAUGUGGGCUGAAGAGCCUCACCGUGUCCCUUGAAAAGCAUCUUGUGGGACCAAACACCGCCAACAUCAACAACUGCCAUGGCUCUUGUGCUUUCCCCCUGGUCAAUGGCAACAACCAUGCGGUCCUGCUCAACUCCCACAUUGAGAGUGCGAAUGUGGACGAGCGGGCGCCAUGCUGUGUGCCUGUAACCUACGAAGCCCUGGAGGUGGUGGAAUUGAACGACCAUGGGACUUACAUCUCCAUUAAACCAGAUAUGAUAGCAAAGGAGUGCGGGUUGCCGCUAAAGCUUUUUCUUUUUGGAGUGUAUUUGCGACACGAAAUAUAUUUAUACAUAUUUAACACAGCCUGUUUGUCACUCGUAAGUGUCACAUAAUUGUUAGUUAACUGUCAUGUAUGUAUUCGCACAGUAUUAAUUCACAGAGGGCUGUAUCCCUUCACAUAUAUAGACAAUGUAUUAUUUGCAGUAUUCUCACACUUAGAUAUAUUUAAGUUUAUUCAAACCAAAAAUAUAAGUAUUAUGAUAUAUUAUUCUGUAAAUAAUCAUUUUUUAUUAUUAUUAUUAUUUGAAUUUGUAUUCAAGGGAAAACUUCUUAUCCACAAAAAGAUUCCAGUUGUUUUUGAAAAUAUUGUUCUCAAACUACCAAAUUAAUAACUUAAAC